CCUCCCCCUCCCCCUCCCCUGCAUCCUCGCCGCUCUCGCUCUCUCCUCGCCCGCUGGGUGCUGAAGUUGGGCGGAUGGCAGCAAACCGGCUCCGCUAGAGGACCGAGCCGCCCAGCCCCGCUCCCCCGGACCCAUCGGCGCGCUGCCCACACCUCCAGGCGACCGGCCAACUGGGUCCUGAAGUAGCUGAAAUGAGAAAAAGGCAGCAGUCCCAAAAUGAAGGAACACCUGCUGUGUCUCAAGCGCCUGGAAACCAGAGGCCUAACAACACCUGUUGCUUCUGUUGGUGCUGUUGUUGCAGCUGCUCCUGCCUCACUGUUAGGAAUGAAGAAAGAGGGGAAAAUGCGGGAAGACCCAUACACACUGCAAAAAUGGAGAGUAUCCAGGUCCUAGAGGAAUGCCAAAACCCCACUGCGGAGGAAGUCUUGUCCUGGUCUCAAAAUUUUGACAAGAUGAUGAAGGCCCCAGCAGGAAGAAACCUUUUCAGAGAGUUCCUCCGAACAGAAUACAGUGAAGAGAACCUACUUUUCUGGCUUGCCUGUGAAGACUUAAAGAAAGAGCAGAACAAAAAAGUAAUCGAAGAAAAGGCUAGAAUGAUAUAUGAAGAUUACAUUUCUAUACUAUCACCAAAAGAGGUCAGUCUUGAUUCUCGAGUUAGAGAGGUGAUCAAUAGAAAUCUGUUGGAUCCUAAUCCUCACAUGUAUGAAGAUGCCCAACUUCAGAUAUAUACUUUAAUGCACAGAGAUUCUUUUCCAAGGUUUUUGAACUCUCAAAUUUAUAAGUCAUUUGUUGAAAGUACUGCUGGCUCUUCUUCUGAAUCUUAAUUUUCAUUUUAAAACAAUCAUUUUGGAGGGCUGAGAUGGGAAAUAAAAGUAAUUAAAUAACAUCAGACACUGAGUUCCUGGAGAACUACAGUUUAGCAUUCCUCAGGCUACUGUGAAAACACAACCAUUAUAGUCUUUGUCUCCAUUUUUAUCAAGGUUAUCCAUGGCUAAGUUUGGAGAAAAUACCACACAAAACAAUGAAUUGCCAAAUUGUUUGUUUUAUUCAACACUCAUUCUACUUGCAAGCAAAGUGUAUUUGUAGUCCUACGAACAGUCUCCUAGUGUAUCUCCAGAGACUGCAUGUGCAAAGUAAAACUGCUUCAUUUGCCACGUAGUUGUUGUAAUAUUUAAUCCAAUAGCAUAACUUAUAUAUGUGUUUAAGGACUUUUGUGCAAUAUGGUCUUAAGAAAUAAUUGCCAAAAAAUCGGCCAUGGUUUGCAUUUUUUAACAUAAUCUAAGACAAAAAAAUAAGUAAUUUUUAUGAUGUAACAAUGGUAUUCAACAUUCUAUAUACUGUGUUUAGUACGCUAAUUUUGAAGCCAAUAUUUCUGUACAUGAAAAAGAGCUAUUUAUCUCUGUUUGUUGGAAAAUCCUAAUAGGGAUUUCUCUGGUUGUACACUGCCAAAACUGUGGCAUUUUCAUUACAGGAGAGUUUGUUAUGCUAAAAACAAAAACAAAAAAAAGGAAGAAGAAAAGAAAAAAAGCACAAAACAAUUUGAAGAUAUUCUAUCUCAAUGAGAAAUCAAAGAGUGAUAUUGCUUUUAAUUGUAACAGAAGAAAAUGAAUUUAUGUAUAUAUCAGAUGUCCAAUACUGUAAUUAAUUUAUUAAAGACUGGCUCUCCAGUUUUAAAAUGGUUGUGUAAAGUUAUGUACUUCAAGAAAAAAAUAAUAAGCUUGAUACUUAGUUUUGGAAUAUAAAGGAAAGGAUUUAAUAAAGGAAUGCCUACAUGUAGCACUGUAAAACAUUUUGAUGAAUACCAUCUGUCCUGUGGCAUAUUUUCCUUGAAAGUGAAAUCCAAUGAAAAGCUAAGUUUUUUACCAGAAAAAGUUUUAUAAGGGUUAUGAAGAAGAUUCUCUACUUCAGACCUUAACUGUUUUCACAUAAUAUCUUAAGGAUGGCAUUUUAAAGAUGUUUAAACCAAACUAUUAAUUUUCAUCCAUCAUUAAAAGGCAGUACAGUGCUCAGAUCUUCCAGCUGCCAUAUUAUUUUUUAUAAGUACACUAAAUCUUUACGACAAAACACCUGCCUGACAUUGUCAUGUACUUCUGACCUUAAAGGAAACAAUAUUCUGUCAUGCACAAAAGUGAUAAUUAAAAUAAUCAGUGUCAUAUUUAUAUCAAAGUGUUACAUUUGAAUAUUAAUAUCCCCUGAAGACUAUUUUUUUAAUAUUAAACCGAAUGAAUAUAAUACUGAGUAACCUAAAAUGAAAGUUUUAAAAAGAUUUAUAUCCACUGAGAACACUGGCCUUAUAUUAAGGAUGAUAUUACAGUUACAGGUUUUCUUUGUCAUUUUUUUAACUACCUCUCAUUUUUUAAUUUAUUAAACAUAUUUUUUAAAAAACAAGUUUGGGGGUUUCUUUUUAAAUUUAAUUUACUUGAAAAGUUGGCAUCAUAAGUUUCUUUUUCCAUAAACUUAAAACAUUUCAAAAAUUGUUUUUCUAAGAAAGUAUGAUUUUCUAAUUUAUAUAGAAUUCAGGAGACAUGAAUAAAAGGGCUAUUAUCUAUUCCCUAUGCAAAUAUUUUAACUGUUGCAGUGUUUGACAAAAUGGGAUUUUUAAAAAAUUGCAGAGUAGAAAACAAAAUAUUCUGUUUACACUGGCGUUGCUGACUAUCCUACCAUAUUCAGCACUUUUAAAUACGUUAUUUAUGAAAAUGUAGUUAAAAAUGCAAAAUAGAAAAUAUUUAUAAUAAUCAUUUCUUUUAACAAAUGCCUGUGUUUUCUGAAAGUGUUAGUGUGUUAAGACACAUUUUAUUCAUGUCAUUUAGAUACUAUUUGAAUAAUAGUUUUCAGUAAUAUGUUGAAAAGAUAGCUAUGAAGAUGUUUACAAAAAGUCGUAUUUUUUCCUAAAGAGUAAAGAAAACCUAAAAUAAUCAUCACUUCUAUUGUGAAGUUCUAUUGUUCCUAAAUUAUUUAAUUUUUUCUUGCUUAGAAUUGAGUUUAUUAUGCUACUAUGAUAUAUACACAUGUCUGGUGUAGUAUCAUGUUUGUUUCUGUGUUUGAGGCACAAUAAAUUGGUGCACAUGACUAGAAAAUAUGUAAUAUACUGUGACACAGUGCAUGCAUCAAUCUUUUUAAAUGUAGACUUUAUAUUCUUGUUGUUACUAUAUAUGAUGGUGACCUGCUAGUCAUAAGUUAUCUUUAUAAGAUACUUUGGACUAUUAGAUGAAUUGUCUGUUUGACAAUAUCUUUAAUAUUUUACCAAAUGUAAAAGAUAAGGGCCCUUAUAAAGAGUCCUCAUCUCUAACCUGGGCAUUUGUAGAACACAGAUUUUAAAGUUGGUAUAUCCUUUUGAAGCCUGAGUAGGAAGUUGUGUUCAGAAAGGUUCUAAAGCUGAUUUACACAUCAGAUGUUGAUAACCAUGCUAUGUGAGCAUUUCUGUGCUAAACUCAUAUUUUUGGGUGAAGGGAGGGUUUCUCAUUUCAGAGUAUGUCUGUAUAUUUGCAACUCUACUAAUUUUCUAAGUAUGAUAUAAUUUCUUCUGAUUAAGUUACAGAGCUAUUAUAAAUAAGCAAAAAAGCCUUCAACUGGUGUCUAUGCUACCAUUCCAAGAGCACAAUAUUUGUUUUAUUAGAAUUUGAGUUUUCCUAGCGAGUAAAUUCCUCCCUGGGGAAAAUCAGCACUUUAAAAGGGACACUUUGUGUUUUUAAUUGCCAAGGUGUCUUUGUAUACUGUUAGAAUUUGCUGAUGCACACAGAAAGAGAUUAAUGCGCUUUCUACAGUGCCUAACUUUAGAUGUAUAAAAGAAAGAAAGUAGAGGAUAUAGAUUAUGUAUACAUAAAUAAAUUGGAGAUCCAGAUUUCUUCAGAGAUUGAGCUUGUACAUAUCACACCAGUAAUGGAUGGAUGGCACGACUUUACUCGGGCUGCUAUGUUAUCCAAAGGUAGUAUAGAUGCUCUGACAGUGUUAGAGUGUGCACAUGAACAACAAGAGCGAAACACAACUUUGAUAAUGAAGUGAUGAAAUGCAAAAGUCAAGACCAUAAUGUGAUCUUUUUUUUUUUUUGAAAUUUUAAAAUAUGUACAUAGAAUGACCAGCUCUGAUAAACGGUCAUAGUGCAUGGGGUGUUUAUUAGUAUCCUUCAAUGCUGCCUAGGUUCUGACUUACAGAUGAAAUAUGUAUGGUUUAUUUACCUGAUAGUUCAGUUUUGCCAAAGGACCAAGUGAAAAAUGUUUAUUAGGAGCAAAAAUACACUUUCAUCCCAUUAAGCUGAUUUAAAAUAAUGCCUGUUACUUUUGAGUUUAUGCAUUUUUCUAUGCUUUUAACUUAUACUUUUAAAAAUCAUAUUGUAAUUGUGACAAAUAAUUUUUCCAAAAACUACCAAUUAUUGGAUGCUUUGGUGUCAAAAUGUAAAGAGAAAAAAUUCAAAAUACAAUCAAAAAGCCAAAACAUAAAACAUAUUUGAAAACCACCUACAUUUCUUGGCCAGGCACAGUGACUCAAGCCUGUAAUCUCAGCACUUUGGGAGGCUGAGGAAGGUGGAUCACUUGAGCUCAGGAGUUCAAGACUAACCUGGCCAACAUGGUGAAACCCCGACUCUACUAAAAAUACAAAAAUUAGCCAGGUGUGGUGGUGGAUGCCUUUAAUCACAGCUAAGGCAGGAGAAUUGCUUGAACCCAGGAGGCAGAGGUUGCAGUGAGAUGAGAUCAUGCCACUGCACUCCAGCCUUGGCAACAGAGCGAGACUCCAUCUCAAUAAUAAUAAUAAGUUUUUAAGUCUUAAAGAGAUAGGAAAUGCCUAUAGAUAGAAGUCUAUCAAACAUGUAAUUUGAAUACUUUGGGCUUGAUACAUUGAAAAAUUAUUUUGAAAGAUGGUAAAGAUAUUUCCAAAAAAUAUUUUUGCUAUCUAUUUACAUUGACAGUUUAGGAGCAUAAUUUUCUAAGUAUAUUUUUUAAGCACGUAUUUUUGUGUUUUCCAUCUUCAAAUUUCUAAUAUAAAAUGGUUUGCUCUCCUGUGAAAACAAUAUCCAAUCUGCAAAAAUUUUAGUAAUUCUUCACUUGCUAUGACUGCAAAUAUUUAUCAAUAAAACUGAUAACCCAAAACUUGCUUCAGAUUUUCUCUGCAAUGCUUAAAAUAUCCUUGUAACACAAGACAGUGCACAAUGACAAGUAUUAGUUCUAAAUACCUGGAUUUGAUUUCUUUAUAAGUAUUUUUAAAAUUAUUACUCUUAGAGGUAUAGUCCUCUUCAGCCCCAAGUGACAUCUUUUCAGAUGAAUUCAAGGGGAUGUUCAAUACAUUGACUCUAGUGAAAACACUACAGAAGGCAAAAUGCUGCCCUAACUGAUAGAAGGUCCCAGUUUGGGAACUGAUUUUAUUCCUAUGACAAAGUUCUAAGAUGACUAGGGAAAA